CCCGUCACCUCUCAGCCCCUCCACCAUCAGAAAUCUUUCCAUCCUCUCUCUUUAGCUUCUACCUAUAAAGUUCUUAGCAGCUCCGUCCGGCUUAGGGAGCCUCCACCACUCCGCCAGUGAGUAUGCCUCAAGGCACCACGAAGCGGAGUACGGCCAUGUCUCCUUCGGCUGCCAACCCCGCCCGCCUCCUCUGCUCCGCCAUCCUCGUCUUCAUCCUCCUCGCUGGCAUCACGGCCCUCAUCCUCUACCUCGUCUACCGCCCCUCUCGCCCCCACUUCUCUGUUCUCAGCACUGCCAUCUACCAGCUUGGCAACGGCACAGCCUCCGCCGCCGUUCCCGCCACUGCCAUCACCACCACCAUGCAGUUCACCGUCCUCAUCCGCAACACAAAUGAGCGUGCCUCGAUUCGCUACGACCGCCUCUCGGCCUACGUCACCUACCACGAUCAGGCCAUCACCGCGCCGGCCCCGCUGCCGCCGCUGUACCAGGAGAGGGACAGCGCGGUGGCUGUGUCGCCGGUGCUCGGUGGGGGGCCCGUGCCGGUGUCGGGGGACAUCGCGGCAGGGCUGAUGACUGAUGAGGCCUAUGGGGUGGUGGCCUUGCGGCUGGUGAUGCUCGGCCGGCUCAGAUACAAGUCCGGGCCGUUCCACAGCGCAUGGUAUGGGAUGUAUGUAAGGUGCGACAUGCUGCUUGGCGCCAAGAAGGGAGUCAGCGGGCAGGUCCCGCUGCUCGGCACGCCGGACUGCGACGUCGACAUCUGAUCGCCGGACGGGAAUAAGGGUUACCUUUAUGCAUGGAUUUGGCCGGUCUCUUCUCUUGUUUUCGAUUUUCUUUUCUCCGUUUUGGUGCUAAUAUUUCAUGUCGUUGUAGAUGAUGUCCUGGUACGUGGUUGUCGAGCCAUGCUAAAUGUGAAGGUGGGAGAUGAGGAAAAGCUGGUCAUGAUAGUAUGGAGGUGUUCUGUAACUUUGAAUAAGCUGCGAAUUUAAAAAGAACAGGGCUAUAAGCAGCAGGAGCAGCCUGUAAUUUUCUGGAAAAAGGGAAUAUAGAUCGUUAUCAUCUCUUUCUGCAAUGAAAAUUCCCAAGUUGCAUUUACUUGAAUGCAGAUUUUUUUUUAUUUGUACACAAGCUGGUUUCGGUAGUCUUUGUCCAUUGGCUUGAUGGAAAUUAAGCCUUAUUACAGUUUCUUGCU